AUGUGCUCUCACUUCGACUCCGACGAGAUCGCCAGACUUGGCAAGCGAUUCAAAAAGCUCGAUCUCGACAAUUCUGGCUCCCUUUCUGUCGACGAGUUUAUGAGCUUGCCGGAAUUGCAUCAAAACCCGCUGGUGCAACGAGUGAUAGAGAUUUUUGACCAAGAUGGAAAUGGAGAAGUCGAUUUCAAAGAAUUCAUCGAAGGAGUUUCCCAGUUUUCUGUCAAGGGCGACAAGGAUUCCAAGCUAAAAUUCGCGUUCCAAAUUUACGACAUGGACAAAGACGGCUUCAUCUCGAACGGAGAGCUCUUCCAAGUUUUGAAAAUGAUGGUCGGAACUAAUCUCAAAGACACUCAACUACAGCAGAUUGUUGACAAAACGAUUAUUUACGCAGACCAGGAUGGCGAUGGAAAGAUCUCGUACAGCGAAUUUUGCGCCGUAAGUACUUGA